CAAAAACUGUACUUAUACCAGAUUUUGCAAGCAAUAUGUUUCUGUCAUCAGAGGCGUGUUAUGCAUCGCGAUUUGAAACCACAUAAUCUUUUAAUUGAUCAGGCAGGUGCCAUUAAGCUUGCUGAUUUUGGCCUUGCACGAGCAGUCAAUGUCCCAAUGAGGGCUUAUACGCACGAGGCAAAAGUCUUGCUUGGUGCAACUCGCUAUGGGUUAGGAGUAGAUAUGUGGAGCGUAGGAUGUGUUUUCGCUGAACUGGCAUCCAAAAAGAUUCUGUUCCAGGGCGAUUCGGAAAUAGAUCAAAUGUUCUGCAUAUUCAGGCAUGUCAUUACAUUUCUACUAUUCGUCAUCUUCCCAAACGCAAUGCUGGCAUACGAUCCAUCGCAGCGUAUUUCAGCGAAAAGACUUCUCAAACAUGAGUACUUCGAUGACGUUGAUCGAGGUCUUCUUCCGGCUGGCAAUUAUGAUGGUAGUACGUUGAUUCUUGGCUCGUAA